UUGAUUGGACGCAGGUAUUUGUGCGGGUAGAUCAAACUUUCGUGAAAAGUUGAAUUUGAUAUGUCGAAAAACCUACUGAGUUUACUGAUUUAAUCUACCUGUAAAAUGGAAUCAGGUCAAGGAUGGGAUUUCAACGCACCACAAUUUAUAGAUUUUACAAAACCAGUAGAAGACGAGAAUGUCGACCAAUAUUUCGAAUUUGAUCAUGAGAGUGGGGUACCAGUAGAUCUAGGAGACGAUGUGGAUGGGGCUGAUGGCAGUGACAUGUUCACCACGCCUAAUGCCGAAAUAAAGAAGGAAACGAGGGCAGUUUCUAAAACCCCAAAACAAAAAACAGAGACUCCAAGGACGGCGCCAGCACAGAGAGUGACCAGGGCCAAGUCUACCAGCAACCUGAAGACUCCUACCGCAGAAACUGCUUCACAAGAAUCAAUAGAGGUUGUAACAAAACCAGCUGUAACACCAUUGCAAGAUGAGUUGAGCACGCCCAGUCCGCGAGUAUUGAGGUCUGGAAAAUGUGUCGAUCAACCAGCUGUAGAACCUGCCUCAGGUUCGGCCAAGGCCAAGCCAUCAAACCUGUGCACAAAUCUAGAAGAGUGGAGAAAGAAAACAGCCAACAGUAAAACAAACACAGUUUCACAACCUUCAGAGAAUGAACCCAAGCCUGCUUCGAAACGCCAGCACAGAUCCCUGGACAGGUCAGCAUCAGUAAAGAAGCCUAGGACGGAGGUGGAACAACGCAGGUCAGGGGUCACAGGGGUCAAGUCAAGCGGGGUACAGCGAAGCAGCUCCUUCAACCGGUCCGGUCACAACCAGUCCACAGACUCUGGCUCCGGGCCACAGAUCAGGCACACCCGUGGGCUCUCAGGGGACAGGAGGGAGGGGUCUGGCAGUGCUGCCAAGAAACCGGACAGCGAGAAGGGCAAAGCGGGCGGCAUGACCAUACCAUCCACGCCUUCCUUCAUGAAAAGAAAGCCCAUGAAGAGUGCUGCGGCAUCACAGAUCAAGCCGGCUGAGGAGCGAGAACUAGAAAAAGUCGCCUUCUAUCGCAAGGAGCUGGCGCGGAAACGAAAAAUUGCAGAGGAAUCAUGCAAGAUUGCACUGGCUGGGAAGGGACCCACGGCUCCAGUGGCCCCUAAACAUAUGACAAAGCCAGAGGAGUUCAAGUUUGAGACGGACGCCAGAAUCAAGGCACCACACCCCCCACCCACUGUGGAGGAAGUGAAGGAUUUUGCCAGCUGUCUACGAUCUGAUACGGGCAAGCAGGCCCCCGGUCCUAUGAAGGCAGGCCCCACUAUUCCCGAGCCCUUCAAGCUUUCGUCUGGCCAGCAGCGUAAACGUAAACUGCCUGACCUUGAUGAGAAGCAGGCAGAGAAGUACGAGACCAUGGCUGAAAAACUGGCCGCCUUCACCAAAACACCGGAUAGGUUCAGGUCACGGCCCAAAGGUGGCGCCUCUGAUGAGAAGCGAGGUCGUUCAAGGUCACCCCCUCAUGGGCCCACAGUGCCCCACACACCCCAGUUUGAGACCCGCUCCAGGUCCCGCCCUGUGACCGCGCCCAGCAGAGAGGAGAUUGAACAGCAGGAGUUGGAGGAGAUGCAAAAACAGGAAGUGAGGGAUUAA